ACUAUGAAAAUGGGAUUUAGUUAACUUUUUUUAAUAAUAUUGCUACCACCAAUUUUAUUUGAAAGGUAAUAAGAUUUUUAUUGUUUAAGUGCCAUUCAUAUGGAUUCUGUAACUUUUUUUGAACAUUUCGGUACUAUCAAUAUGUAUGCUAUUUUUGGCACUAUAAUAUCGAUGAUAAUAACUUCUUUUUUCAUUUUUAUAUGUGGUGCUUUAGGUUUUGCUAAGGAACUUGAAUUGUCUAAAUGUUUUGCAUUUGGAGCAAUAAUAUCUUCAACAGAUCCUGUGGCUGUUUUGAGUGCUUUUAAAAAUAUGAAAUAAUCUAAAAUGUUGUAUACAUUUAUUUUUGGAGAAAGCAUACUUAAUGAUGCAGUAUCUUUAACUUUAUUUAAGUAUAAAGAUUAAAUAUAUAUAUUAAUAGUGCAGUUAAUGAAAUAAUCAAUUAAGAAACAAGUGAUUUGUUGAAAGUAAUCAGUUAAUUUCUAUUAAUAUUUUUUGUAUCUAUAUCAAUAGGUUAUGCAAUGGGAAUAUUGAGUGCUUUUGUAAUAAGAUUCAAAAAGUAAGCUAUAGCUAAUUUUGAAGCUUCUUUGCUUUUAUUAUUACCUUGGAUUACUUAUCUUAUUUCAGAGGCACUAGAAAUGUCGGGAAUUGUAAGCAUAAUGUUUUGUGGUAUUUCAAUGGCAAGAUACACAAUUCCAAAUACAAAUUAAUAAUCAAAAAAAGAAUUUACUAAAUUUUAUGAAAUAAUUGCUCAUAUUUUUGAAAAUUCAGUGUUUAUAUUUAUAGGAAUAGGAGUAAUUGGUUUUGAUUUACCUUGGUAAGCUACUGGAUUUGGAAUAAUUUUCUCAACAUUUUUGGCAAUAAAUAUUUCAAGAUACUUCUUUGUUUAAGUAAUAACAAAAUUUGCAAAUCAUUUUCGAACUAUUCAUGUGAUAAAUGAAUAUUAAAGCAAUAUGUUAUGGUUUAGUGGAUUAAGAGGAGCUAUGGCAUAUGCUCUUUCAAUUUAAACUAUCUUACUUUAUGGUUCAAUAGGCGAAGUACUCUUAACUAUUUCUGUAGUGAUAAUCAUGCUUAAUGUAUUUAUUAAAUAUUUAUUUAGAUUUAUAUUCAAGGAAUGUUGUUAAGCCCAAUACUAACAAAAUAUAGUCAAAAUCUUGUUGAGAAUUAUGAAGUUGAAGAUUUAGAGAGAUCUAAAAAUAUCUUUAAAUAGAUUAAGGAAGGAAUCAGUUAAAUCGAUAACNNUUUUUUAAUAAUAUUGCUACCACCAAUUUUAUUUGAAAGGUAAUAAGAUUUUUAUUGUUUAAGUGCCAUUCAUAUGGAUUCUGUAACUUUUUUUGAACAUUUCGGUACUAUCAAUAUGUAUGCUAUUUUUGGCACUAUAAUAUCGAUGAUAAUAACUUCUUUUUUCAUUUUUAUAUGUGGUGCUUUAGGUUUUGCUAAGGAACUUGAAUUGUCUAAAUGUUUUGCAUUUGGAGCAAUAAUAUCUUCAACAGAUCCUGUGGCUGUUUUGAGUGCUUUUAAAAAUAUGAAAUAAUCUAAAAUGUUGUAUACAUUUAUUUUUGGAGAAAGCAUACUUAAUGAUGCAGUAUCUUUAACUUUAUUUAAGUAUAAAGAUUAAAUAUAUAUAUUAAUAGUGCAGUUAAUGAAAUAAUCAAUUAAGAAACAAGUGAUUUGUUGAAAGUAAUCAGUUAAUUUCUAUUAAUAUUUUUUGUAUCUAUAUCAAUAGGUUAUGCAAUGGGAAUAUUGAGUGCUUUUGUAAUAAGAUUCAAAAAGUAAGCUAUAGCUAAUUUUGAAGCUUCUUUGCUUUUAUUAUUACCUUGGAUUACUUAUCUUAUUUCAGAGGCACUAGAAAUGUCGGGAAUUGUAAGCAUAAUGUUUUGUGGUAUUUCAAUGGCAAGAUACACAAUUCCAAAUACAAAUUAAUAAUCAAAAAAAGAAUUUACUAAAUUUUAUGAAAUAAUUGCUCAUAUUUUUGAAAAUUCAGUGUUUAUAUUUAUAGGAAUAGGAGUAAUUGGUUUUGAUUUACCUUGGUAAGCUACUGGAUUUGGAAUAAUUUUCUCAACAUUUUUGGCAAUAAAUAUUUCAAGAUACUUCUUUGUUUAAGUAAUAACAAAAUUUGCAAAUCAUUUUCGAACUAUUCAUGUGAUAAAUGAAUAUUAAAGCAAUAUGUUAUGGUUUAGUGGAUUAAGAGGAGCUAUGGCAUAUGCUCUUUCAAUUUAAACUAUCUUACUUUAUGGUUCAAUAGGCGAAGUACUCUUAACUAUUUCUGUAGUGAUAAUCAUGCUUAAUGUAUUUAUUAAAUAUUUAUUUAGAUUUAUAUUCAAGGAAUGUUGUUAAGCCCAAUACUAACAAAAUAUAGUCAAAAUCUUGUUGAGAAUUAUGAAGUUGAAGAUUUAGAGAGAUCUAAAAAUAUCUUUAAAUAGAUUAAGGAAGGAAUCAGUUAAAUCGAUAACCUAUUUAUAUAAAUUUGUCUUUCUGAAAACAAUGAUGAAGAAGUUCCUUUAUGUAUUAUAUAUAUAAUAUUUAGCAAAUGGAAUAUAAGGAGUAGAAGUUGAUAAUUGA